AGAUGAAAAUAGAACAAAAAAUGGGCUAUCUACAAUAUUUGCUAUUAUUUGCAUAUUGGAUGUAUUUGGUGUCUUUCCAGUGGUUACUUUACCCAAGACUAUAAUGGAUUGUGGAUUUUAUGGAAUUGCAAUAAUCUUUCCGAUUUGCUCCACACAGAUAUAUACUGCAGCUUUAUUAGGGAGAUGUUGGAUCAUAGCAGAAGAAAUUUCACCUUCUAUUAAAACUAAAAAUCGUUAUCCUUAUGCAGCAUUAGCUGAAAUUACAUUUGGAAAAAAACUAUCUAGUUUUGUAACGUUUUUAUUGGAUUUAACAGUUUUUGGAGGAGGAAUACCAAAUUUAAUUGUCGCUUCACAGAACCUGCAACUUCUUGGUCUAAGGGCAAGUGAGGGAUCCGUUGAUAUAUCCUACUGCUUCUGGAUUAUAAUGGUGGGAACCUUACUAUGUCCGAUACUUUGGAUGGGUAGUCCCAAAGAUAUGAAGUUUUUGUGUUCAUUGUCAGUUGGAAUAGUUACAACAGUUUUUCUAUUGAUAAAUGGGUGCCUUCUGUUUAGUGAAAAAGAAAGUAACUCACAAGAAACACCUUUACAAAAGGAGAUUAUGCCACAAUGGAAGAAUGUUUUAAAAGCAUACGGCAUAAUUGCUUUCCAAUUUGAUAUACAUCCUUCUAUUUUAACUAUACAAGUCGAUAUGCUCGAAAAAUCGAAUUUAUCUAAAGCAAUAAUAGGAGGAUUUUCAAUAAUUUUGAUCAUGUUUGGAAUAACCACACUCAUUGCAUACUUGAAGUGGGGACUUCUCGAUCAGCCUAGCAUAUUAGAAACUUUACCAACGACAUUUCCUUUGCAUAUAACAGCUGCUUUAGUAGCUAUACAGCUAUGUUUGACGUCAGCAGUUAGUAACAGCGCUCUGUACCAGCAGAUGGAGGAUUGCAUGGGAAUUUCUAGAGAUUUCAAUUCGAAAAGAUGUGUUCUGCGAACCAGCUUGACAGUUCUGGCCAUAGUUAUAGCAGAGUCAGUUCCAAGGUUCGAUCUUGUCAUGUCAAUAAUAGGAGGAACCCUUACUGGACCUUUGGUAUUCAUAUUACCGCCACUAAUUUUUAUAAAAAUAAGAAAAAUGAGGAGAACGUAUAUAGAACAACUAGCUUUAGCUUCUUUUACAAACAUAAUUUUCACCAAAGAUUCUAAUUCUCCAAGAGUAUCAAGAUAUAUUGAAAGGAAGUUUGAGGACGAGUUUACGGAAAGUUCACAUUUCGUUAUUACCAGAUUCAAAUCGUCUUUUGAGGUUAUUUUAUGCAUUUGUAUCGUAGCUGUUAGUAUUAUUUUGACCUUAUCAACUAGUUACAUAAACUUUUCUAAUGCUGUUUAUUCGUAUACAAAUGUGACUCGUCCAUGUAUUUAUAAUGUUUCCAGAGCUUUAAUAUAUUCAUAGAAAAGCAAUAAAACACUUUUUGAAUAAGAAUUUAAUUCUAUAAGUUAAUAAAAUUAUGUAUGUUUUUGCAUUCCUAACAAAUAUUCUGCAAUUCCGAGAUAAUAUACUACUUGGCUUAUUCCGUAUAAAGGAGCUAUAACCAUUAUUCUGCAAGCUCCUCCUUUAAAGAAUGAUUUCCAACCUUCUUUUUCAUAAAUUUUGCUAAAAC